AGAAAAGGGCAAACAAAAAUGGGUAUAAAAAUACGUACAAAAAGUGUUUCUUUCACUUGGCAGUUUGUAGUCAAGAUAAUUUUCUAAAGAUGGCAGCUCUUUCUUGGCUUGUACUCAGCCUUUGUGCUGCUGCAGCAUUUUGCAGUGAGCCCAUGGAAAAUUCAGGCAUGUUUGAAGGUGACAUGAUCCUUACUGAGGAACAGAAGCAAGAUUUCCUAUACGGUUCUCCCAACUACCAGAUUCCACUUGCAGCCACAAAGACAAACUUAUGGCCUACCACGAUUCCAUACAGUAUGGAAUCUUCAAUUGCUUCGUCGUCAACGGCUAUGUCAGCAAUCAACGCAGCAAUUGCCGACUACCAAAGGCUAACCUGUUUGAGGUUCGUGAGAAGAACCAAUGAACCUGGCUAUCUCCACUUUUACAAGGGAGGAGGAUGCUCUUCGCCUGUUGGCUACUACCGCAGAGCAAACAGAAUUUCAUUGGCUUCUGGAUGUUGGCACAAAGGCAUCGUUAUGCAUGAGAUUGCACACAGUUUAGGGUUUUACCACGAGCAAAGCAGGCCAGACAGAGAUAAUUACGUCACUAUCCUUUGGAACAACAUUGCCAGAGGAAUGGAAUACAAUUUUAGAAAGCAGUCAUCCUCCAACAUUGACAGCAUGAACGUUCCGUAUGACUACGAAAGUGUUAUGCACUAUGGUAAAACUGCAUUUGGAUCUGGCAAGAUGACCAUUCAGACCAAAGAUGCCUCCAAGCAAAAUGUGAUUGGUAACAGACGAGGAUUCAGUCAGUACGAUGUCAAACAGAUGAAUCUCCUCUACUGCUCAGGUGGAGGAGGUGCUACCACUCAAGCACCAGCAAGUACACAAGCCCCAGCAACUACAUCAAGCAGUGGCUGCAAGGACAAGUACAUCAGUAAUUGUCCAGGAUGGGGACGGGCUGGAUAUUGCACCAAUGACCGAUACAAAUCAUGGAUGGCAAGGAACUGCAAGAAGACAUGUGGUCUUUGUGGAACUGCAACUACCGCUGCUCCUACCCAGCCACCAACAACCGCUGCAUCUUGCAGUGACAAGUACACUGGUUGUGUAAAAUGGAAACAGUCUGGAUAUUGUACGGACAGCAGAUACAAAAGAUUUAUGGAGAUGAACUGCAAGAAAAGUUGCAACAAAUGCCCAGGUGCCACCACAGCACCACCCACAACUGCAAGCACAGCGCCCCCAACAACUGCUCCAGCGUGCAAAGACAAGUACAGCAACUGUGGUUCAUGGGAGAGAGCUGGAUAUUGUACAAAUGAUAGAUACAAGGCAUGGAUGGGCAGAAACUGCAUGAAAACGUGUGGAAAAUGCGGUGGUGGAUCAGCUACAACAGCUGCACCAACUCAAGGACCAACUCAAGGACCAACUCAAGGACCAACUCAAGGACCAACUCAAGGACCAACUCAAGGAUCUUGUGGUAAACCAGAAGUAGCACAGAGCAGAGUGAUUGCUGGCAUUAAUGCAAACAGAGGAUCAUGGCCUUGGCAAAUCCUCAUGUUAUACAAUGGAAGGACAAUGUGUGGUGGAUCCAUAAUUGCUCCACAAUGGGUGGUAACUGCGGCUCAUUGUGUAUCUGGCCGGGAGUCCAGUGCACGCUACUUCAAAGUCAGAGUUGGAGAGCAUAUUACGUCAACAACAAGCGAUGGACAACACACCGAUAUGCAGGUUGAAAGAAUCAUUUCCCACCCAAGCUACUCAAGAAGCACAAUCAAUAACGAUAUUGCAUUGAUGAAACUCUCCUCGCCAAUUCAGUUUGGAAAAUACGUGAAGCCAGUCUGUUUGCCUGGACAAGACCAGAAUGUCCCUGUUGGAACCGAUUGUUUCAUCACAGGAUGGGGAAAAAUACAGCAUCCUGGCAACAUGCACCACACUUUGCAGCAAGGAAAAAUGCCUGUUGUUUCCAAUCAAGCAUGCACCAAUCUCAACACAAAGAACUUGGGACUUGGGAUCACUGAUAAGAUGGUUUGUGCUGGUCACGGAGGAACAACUCGUGUAAGUGGAUGCCAUGGUGACAGCGGUGGACCAUUUGUUUGCCAAACUGGAGCCAGUGGCUCUUGGGUUCUCCAUGGAGCAGUCAGCUGGGGAUCUGGACGCUGUGAUGCAACACAAGGCUAUACUGUCUUUGCAAGAGUUGCCAAAUUCAGGAGCUGGAUCGAUCAACAGAUGUCAACAUAUUAAUGGACUAAAAUAAUAUAUUUAUUCAAUCAUCUUUUUUCGCAUUACAACUCGCUUAUGAGCAUGAUUAA